CAACAUCCAUACAUCCAGAAACAAUUGACAAAGGCAAACACGUUGCCAUGGCCGCACAAGAAAGUUCUAAUUUUCAUGUUGAAGAAACUAUCCCGCCUGGUUACCGUUUCAUGCCGACAGAGAAGGAGCUGUUACACUACUUGAACCUCAAAAUUCUGAAUAAACAUAUAUCGAUGAUGCCAUAAAAGAUGUUGAUCUCUACAAGUACCAUCCCAGCAAUCUUUGCCAAAGCGUGACGAGUGGAACACGUGAAUGCUACUUUUUUACUUCUAGAACUAGGAAGUAUCAUAAAGGUAGUAGGCCGGACCGGACUGCCGCUGAUGGUUACUGGAAAGCCACAGGGGGCGACAUCAUUGUACAAAGUAAAGGCCAAGAAGUUGGACGGAAAAAGGUGCUUGUCUAUUAUGAAAGAAAAUCUGAUAAUAACAAUAAAGGAACAAAGACUAACUGGAUAAUGCAUGAGUUUACGAUUCAUCAAAUGAAGGACGUCGCAUGUUAUUCUGCAAAUGCAAUUCCAGAUGACAAGACGUUGGAUAAGUGCGUAUAUAGAAUUUACUAUAGAACAUCAAAAUCGAGCAAAAACGUAGAGCAAGACACGCAAAGAAACAUGAUCCUAAUUCAAGAAACUGAUGUCCCCGAUGCAAAUUUGGCAGCAGCAUCGUUUUAUCAUCAUCACAAUCCUGCACUGGCCUUUGAUCAGUCGUCCUUGCAUGGUGCUUAUCUUUCCGACCCGCAAGCAAGCAUAAACGAUCAAUAUCAGUUGGUCCAUGAACCUGUUACGUACACGCAUGGAGAAGUGGCAAUGCAAUUGCAAAGUAAUAUUCUUCAAUUCCCUCAACCUCUUGCGCACAUUCCUGGUGAUCAGUAUUAUCCUUCGAUUCCACCUGAGACUGGUAUUCAAAGCAAUGAUCAGUAUAAUCCUUUGAUUCCACCUGAGACUAGUGUUCAAAGCACUGAUCAGUAUCAACCUAUUACACACAUUAAUGGUGAUUAUGGUGAUUUCUUGGAUAUCACGACUCCAUAUUUUUCGUCUCUAUUUGGUUUUCUACAGCCAUUGGAUGAUAAUAUAAUGGAUUCUCUUUUGGGCGAUUCGUCCAAUGCCCAAUUAGAGUCGUCGCCAAUUCCACCUGGUCAAUCAAUUACACAAACACAUCGCGUUGUGGGUGGCUCGAGUACAAGUAAUUUUGCAGCUUCCACUGCGGACUUUUAUUUACCUUCUCCUCCAAUCGAAUGACGUGAGUAAAUUUGGUUGCCAAGUUGCUGGAUCUGCACUUGAGGACAGAAUGUGAAAAUCUUCGAUCAAGAGAAGAAUGCCAUUUUUUGCAAUUUUUCUAAGAAUUUAAACUGUUGAUCAUGUAAUUUUGCGGAAAUAUUAAAUAUCACAUCAAAUUGUUCAAUUGCUGGAUGGUGUACUUUUAUCUGAGCCAUUCCAUCGAUUAA